CAAGAAAGCUCGAUCGACAGCAACAGUCCACUAAAAUAUUGGAAACUUCUGGUAGUCGGGACUAGACAUCGUCAGUAUCUUCUCAUGAUGGAACGCAGCCGCCGACGCGCAGCGACCCCGUGCUCGCAUUGAUUCCAUCAGGCUCAUGGGUUUUGGGAUCCCCAACCUGGCACGGGCACGGUGGAUGGUCGGCUACCGGCCGGCGCACGAGCAGAGGCCGGCGGCACUCCAUCUCGCGCGCACACACGGUUUCCCCCUCCCGGCAAGCAUUCGUUUCUCUCCAAAGCACCCGCCGUCCCCCGCUUCCGAUCCGUGCGCCGCGUGCCCCUCCGCGCAAGAGUCCUCGUAUAAAGAGGCCCGCGCCGCUGCCGUUGCCAACACCGAGCAGCAAGGGCAACCAGCAUAUCCGGCCCACACCUGCCCACCUCCUCCCCCGUCUUGCGCGCAGAGAACCUUCCAGGCAGGCCGGUUCAUCGAUGGACGGCGCGGACGCGUUCGCGGCGCCGGCUAACCCGUGGUCGCUGGUCCGCGGCUACUUCUCCCCGGCGACGCUCUUCCUCCUGCUCAACAUGGUCAUCGGCACCAUCGCGCUCACCUCCCGCUCCCGCCGCCGCCACCACCACCACCACCACCUCGACGAUCGCUACCAGCAGCACUACGGCGGCGAUCAGCACCAGCACGCUCCUCCGCCGCUCGUGCGCACGUCGUCGGUCAUGGAGCGCCUGCGCUCCCUCGGACUCUAUCGCUUCCGCUCCGGCGACUUCCCGCCCGAGUACAACCACCACCUCUCCGCCGGGGCAGACGACGGCACCAGCGGCCACGAGGGCAGCGGCGGCGCGCGGGAGGCGCAGGCCCAGUACGCACGGAGCCGGUCCGAGACGGCCGCGAGGCCGCCGCCGGUGCGCAAGGCCACUAACAAGAAGGAGGAGGAGGCGGUGGUCAGCAGGGCGGCGAGGACGAAGCCGAGCGCGGAGGUGAUGAAGCUGGAGCGCGCCCCGGCGCAGGCGCAGGUGCGCCGCGCGCCGAGGGCCCCGGCGACGCGAGCGCAGCUGGUGGUGAGAGAGGAGGAGGAGGCUGCCGCGGCGGUGAGCGUGGACGCGCGGGCCGACGACUUCAUCAACAAGUUCCGGCAGCAGCUGCAGCUGCAGCGGCUCAACUCUCUGCUCAACUACAAGGAGAUGCUCAACCGCGGCUUGUAGGUCGCAGGCUCGCAGCUCGCGCGGCGCGGCGGCGGCCAGUGGCUUGCUAGUGUUUGCUAUGGAGAGUGUGCGUGGUGUAAUUUAACACAGUGUACGAGUGGAAUGUACGGCCGAUUUUUUUCUUGGCAAGCUGCAAUCUACAGCUGUAUUGUAAGCUCGAAGCUGUCUGGUCACGACCGGCAGAUGUGUUGGUGUGGUGUUCUCAGAAUUGAAGCGAGCCACAGCCGAUGUUCUCGUCGUA